UUUUAUCAGAUUUUCUUCAGUCGCGCGUGAAACCCGUAGCCACGUGCGUCGAUUAAAAUUUGUCAUUAAUGCUACGGGGUCCCUUGAACCUCAAACGGUUUAAAAAACCGUCCAGCAUUUAAAUGGGAGUAUAAAGAAACAUUCAAGUGAAACCUAGAGAGAAUAAAAAUUAACAUUAAUUAUUAAAUAAAACUUUUGAGCUCCCAUUAUGGGACAUUUUGUUCGUGCUACCCCAGUGAAAUUAAUCCCGCCUUUUCAAGGCGAAAAGAUUCAUACUGUGCGCGUCUAAAUAAUUAUACACAAUUAGCAUAGGUUUAUUUAUUACUCGCAAUGUCGAUUUUCGGAAAAUCACCUAAUUACUAAUCCACCCGAAGGAGUAAAGUAUUCUCGAAGUAUUGUCUAUCAUAACCAAAAAAAACUUUAACAAUUAGAAAUAUAAACAUUUGUGAAGACGCUCGUCGUCGAACUCGUAGUAGUUUGUGUAAUUUGUUGCUUUAAGCUUCGAUUGAUGCUCGAAAUACGUAAAAAUAACAUGUUUUUCGGGGUUUGUAUGACUGUGGGCAUCGUCCUUCUGGCCUCCAAGUAUCGCGACAACGUACUUCGAGGUGUCACGAAAUUCUGCCACAGUAUUACUAGUAAAAGUAAUAACGACGAUGAAGAAGAUAAUAGUAAAGAUAAGAAAGAUGUAAAAAUUUCAUUGGACAAAGUUAUUCUGGCAGAUUCGCCGGAGAAGUGCGAUUACGCCGUUCAACGUAUUCGCAGGGACUUGUCUGAUGGAAUAUUGGGUUUUGAUUGCGAGUGGGUCAAAGAAGGAUCUGUUUCAUUACUUCAACUUGCCACAGAUAAUGGUGUCUGUGCUUUAUUUCGUCUGGGAAAAAUUGGAUAUGUUCCUCCCAAACUCAAAGAGCUGCUGUCUAAUAGACGUCUAUUGAAGGUGGGCGUAGCCCCGUUCGAAGAUGGGAAGAAACUAACGAACGAUUAUGGAUGCAAAGUUUACGGGACGCUUGAUGUAAGAACCCUUGCUGAUCGCCUUGAUCUUCCGAGUCCAAAGAGCUUGGCUGCAAUGAGCCUAGAAUACCUUGGGCUUGAGUUAGAUAAGCUGAUAGAAGUGAGGUGCAGUGAUUGGGAUAAUGACACUCUCACCGACGAUCAGAUAGCUUACGCCUCUUACGACGCAUUAACUUCUGUUUUUAUUUACCAUCAGAUUCUGGAACGGGCGAGGAAAAAGCGAUCCUAUUGGCAGAGCUUCAUUCUUCUUUUGAAGGGCAUGUGGGAAGAGGACGAAGACGAAAGAUUUCAUGGAUUACCCAAUGGCGUCAUCGACGCGAGGUUCAAGGUUCAACGGGGUAGCAUGAUGAGUAGUAGCAGUAACAAUUCCAAUAAAAAUUGUAAAUUGAAUCAAAUAAUUAGUAGAGGUGUCGAUGGAAAUAAGAAUAGCAUUCCUGCAAGGAAUAAGCCUUUGUAUCAUAAUUGUUAUCUCCAAGCUCCUGAUGGAGACAUUUUGUGUACGUGUGAUCGGAAAAAAGCUGAGUGGUAUGUCUCGAAGGAGUUGGGACAAGUUGUGAACGAUGAUCCUUUUACGGUGAGGCUGAAAUUUGAGCCAUCCGGACGAGCAUUAGGAGAAGUCGGCCAGUACUAUACCCAGGUCAAACUUAACCAGUGUGUAGUUUGUGGAUCCAGCGAAAAGUUCGUCAGGAAGAACGUCGUCCCAAGAGAAUAUCGCAAAUACUUUCCACUUGUAAUGAAAGCGCAUCAAUCUCACGAUGUAUUGUUGCUCUGUCCAUCUUGCCACGAGGUGAGCAACUACCACGAUCUGGAGCUCCGAAGACGUUUGUCAGAAAUUUGCGACGCGCCUCUACCUGGGCCGUCGUCUCAUACGAGGAAUGAGAUUCCUGCCGGCUGGCGAAAAUUGCAAUCGGCAGUCAAAGCGCUGAAAGGCAAGGCUACGAUUCCUGCACAAAGACGCAAGGAUCUUGAGUCUUACAUUAUUUCCUGCACUGGACAGCGUGAAUUCUCGCCGAUGCUGUUGGACGUCCUGAACGAGCGACUAAAGAGCAGGCCUGAGGUCAAACAUUCAAACAAAUGUGAUCCUCACGGUCUUAAGGUGGUGCGACACUUUGAGAAGCUGGAAGGCGGUCUCGUGGAACUCGAAAGGGUAUGGCGAGAGCAUUUCCUAACAGUGAUGAAGCCUCGAUUCCUCCCGAAAUUGUGGUCUGUUUGUCACAAUCAGGAGCGCCUUGCAAUUCGUCAAACGCAAAAUAGGAUAGAGCCACAAGAUGCGCGAGUGGCUGGCCUAGCUCAUUAAAUUUUUCGAAAAUAUUUUUUUAAACGUACCUGAAAGGACUCGUAUAAGAGCGAGUACUUGUUUUAUGAAGACUGUAUAAGUUAUUUAAAAACACUCUAUUUAUUAAUCGAUGUACUUCAAUCAAUUAGUUUAUUGUAAGUAGUAUUUUAUAUGUAAAUUAUGUAUACUUUAAGAAAACGUAAUAAUUUGAAAGGUGCAUUUUCACCUUGAAGUAUAAAGGUCUUUUGUCAAAGCGUGCUCUACGAACGAUAUCAUAUGAAGUGAAAAGGGGAAUUAUUAUUUUAGGCAUAUUAUGAUUAUAAUAAUGAUUCCUUCUUUGUCCUUUUUACUAUUUUAUUGUGUAAGUCUUUUGUGAUUUAUGGAUUUAUGUUAGGCCGGUAUGUCUAAACUUGGUUUUAAUCUGGCAAUGUAGGAUUUGUCUUUUGUCAAUUGGUUUUUCCUUGCAGAGAAUUUAAUGUACAAUAAGAAUACGAAGGCGCAGAAAAUAUAAAACAUAGGUGAAUUGCAAUUUUAUAAAAAUUCAAACUUGCCUUUGUAAAAUGAUUUGAGAAAAUAUAUUUUUACUAUGAA